GGCACGUGACAAAGCCCGCCAAUUGGCACGUUCCUUACUGCAGCACUGUGUCUGGGUUCGGCCAACGAGACGUCGGCUUCGUUUCCAUCCGGGCUCUGGGACAGUGGCAGUCAUGGCGCCACCUGUAAGGUACUGCAUCCCCGGCGAACGUCUGUGUAACUUGGAGGAGGGCAGCCCAGGCAGCGGCACCUACACACGGCACGGAUACAUCUUUUCUUCCCUCGCCGGCUGUCUAACGAAGACCAGCGAGAACGGCGCGCUCCCGGUAGUGUCUGUGAUGAGAGAAGCAGAAUCCCAAUUACUUCCAGAUGUGGGCUCUAUUGUAACAUGUAAGGUCUCCAGCAUCAAUUCACGUUUUGCCAAAGUACACAUCCUCUACGUGGGAUCCACACCUCUUAAGAACUCUUUUCGAGGAACUAUCCGGAAGGAAGAUGUUCGAGCCACUGAAAAAGACAAGGUUGAAAUAUACAAGAGUUUCCGUCCAGGGGACAUUGUCUUGGCCAAAGUGAUCUCUCUAGGUGACGCCCAGUCCAACUACCUGCUGACCACAGCUGAAAAUGAGCUGGGAGUGGUGGUGGCCCAUAGUGAGUCAGGUGUCCAGAUGGUUCCCAUCAGCUGGUGUGAGAUGCAGUGCCCUAAGACCCACACUAAGGAGUUCCGGAAGGUGGCCCGCGUGCAGCCUGAAUUCUUGCAGACCUAGGAGGCCAUGUUGACCCCCCGGAGGGCUCAGCUGUUUCUGAGAGCAUAGGUAUGAAAACAGCACCCGGAUGCAUUGUCUGUCGUCAAAGGCCAGGGUCAGCCAGCACUGCCCGAGAAGACUCGACCAGGAAACUCAUUGUGCAGAUGAAGCCUCCCUGUGAGUGGAUUUCCUUCCCUCGAGUGAUGACAUUCCUCCUCCGGGGGCUCAGUAAACUGCAAGCUGUGGCCUGUGGGAAAUAGCCUGUUCCUCCCGACAGUGUAUCUUUAUAAAUGUGUAUAUUUUGCUGUGAUCAAGAAAACAUUUUUUACUAAAAGGAUUUUAUUACA